AUGGCGAUAUGCUUUCUGCUGCGGAGCUGCAGGGCCCAACGCCUCCUGCAGGCGCCUUCUGUCUGUUGUCCCCGCCUCCUCGCCGGCUGCCUGGGGCCCUCCACGCGACCCACGCCAGGCUCGGCCCCGCUCCGCAGCUUUGCCGGAGGCCUGGUGGGCCUUCCCCCGGCGCUGCUGCGCACCGACGGGUUCGUGGGCGGUCGCUGGCUCCCGGCCGCCGCCACCUUCCCAGUGCACGACCCGGCUAGCGGCGCCGCGCUGGGCAAAGUGGCCGAUUGCGCGGCGCCGGAGGCCCACGCCGCUGUGCGCGCCGCCUACGAGGCUUUCUGCAUCUGGAAGGGGGUCUCGGCCAAGGAAAGGAGUUCAUUACUUCGAAAGUGGUAUGACUUAAUGAUACACAAUAAGGAUGACCUUGCUAGGAUUAUCACAGCUGAAAAUGGAAAACCGCUGAAGGAGGCUCAGGGAGAAGUUCUCUAUUCUGCCCUCUUCCUAGAGUGGUUUUCCGAGGAAGCCCGCCGCAUCUACGGAGAUAUCAUCUACACCUCAGCGAAAGACAAGAGGGGCUUGGUCCUCAAGCAGCCUGUGGGUGUGACUGCAGUCAUCACCCCGUGGAAUUUUCCCAGUGCUAUGAUUACCCGGAAGGUGGGGGCCGCCCUGGCAGCCGGCUGUACCGUGGUGGUGAAACCUGCCGAAGACACGCCCUUCUCUGCCCUGGCACUGGCUGAGCUCGCCAACCAGGCCGGGAUUCCUCCAGGUGUUUUCAACGUUGUUCCCUGCUCUCAAAAGAAGGCCAAGGAAGUCGGUGAAGUUCUUUGUACUGAUCCUCUGGUAUCCAAAAUUUCCUUUACUGGCUCAACAGCAACUGGGAAGAUACUGCUCCACUAUGCUGCAGACUCUGUGAAAAGAGUCUCCAUGGAGCUUGGCGGCCAUGCGCCGUUCAUUGUAUUUGACAGUGCCGACGUGGACCGGGCUGUAGCAGGUGCCAUGGCGUCUAAAUUUAGGAACUCUGGCCAGACUUGUGUCUGCUCAAACCGUUUCUUAGUGCAAAAGGGUAUCCAUGAUUCCUUCGUGAAAAAAUUUGCUGAAGCAAUUAAGAGAGACCUGCGUGUAGGCAAUGGAUUUGAAGAGGGAACUACUCAAGGCCCAUUAAUUAAUGAAAAAGCCGUCGAAAAGGUGGAGAAGCACGUCAGUGAUGCGGUUUCCAAAGGGGCCACCAUUGAGACAGGCGGGAAGCGACAUCAAUUUGGAAACAAUUUCUUUGAACCCACCCUGAUCAGUAACGUUACCCAGGACAUGCUUUGCUCUCAUGAGGAGACUUUUGGGCCUCUAGCACCAGUUAUCAAGUUCGACACAGAGGAGGAGGCUGUAGCAAUCGCUAAUGCCGCUGAUGUUGGGUUAGCAGGUUAUUUUUACUCUCAAGAUCCAGCCCAAAUCUGGCGAGUGGCAGAGCAGCUGGAAGUUGGCAUGGUUGGAGUUAACGAAGGAUUGAUUUCCACCGUGGAGUGUCCUUUUGGGGGGGUGAAGCAGUCCGGUCUUGGACGAGAGGGAUCCAAAUAUGGCAUUGAUGAGUAUCUGGAACUCAAGUAUGUGUGUUAUGGAGGCUUGUAGGAUCCUUCAGCUCUGUAAAGUAGAUAAAUAAACAAGGAACUUCCCUUCAUAAGUGAGGACAUACCAUCCAUUCUCUUUAAGUACA